UUAGGACCAAUAUAGAAUGGCAAAGAUAUGCUGGAUACCACUGGGACAAGCUAUAUUCCUUCAGUUACUGUGAUGUCAUGAUCAGUGUUUGACAGCCUGGGGUCAUAAGGAGAUCAACACAUUUUGAAGCCAGACUGAGGAUUAUGUUGCUUGUAAGGAGACACAUCAUUGAAAACAGGAUUUAACAAGCCAAUAUGUGAUGUCUUACACAUAGUUUUAAACUGAAUCAACAAAUUUCAAUAUAAUUCCAAGCGCUGUGUAACUAUAAACAAUUUUUUUUUUUUUUUUUUUCAACUCUGGAUGUGAAAUCAGCCAGAAUGGGGAGUUCGUGUUUGUCCUGCUGCGAUGCCAUGUACCAAAUUCCGACACGUGUCUUGUGUUUUGUUCUGGUGAUGGUUCAAGGGGGCAUCCUUGACUACUACCUAAUCAGCAACAAAAAUAUAUACUGGUAUGGCUGGGUUGCUGCUGAUGUUGCACUGGGACUUGUCUUCAUCAUGACCUUCCUCAUAUCGUACAGACACCUUAGUAUCAUCCAUCGUUCCCGUGGCUCUGCCUCGACAGUCCAGGCCGGUAGUCUCCCAUUGUGCUACUUUGCAUGGUUUGUGUAUUCAGUUUUCCUUGGAGCGCGAGUUUUCAUCAUAUACCGAGAUAUUGCUGGAACGUUAAAUCAUUCGAAUGUGUUCGGUCCUAACACCUUAAAGAUCACCGUUUCUGGAACUUGUUUUGUGUUUUUACUGUUACUAUUGACUCAUCAUGACGCCAUUCCAAGUUCCAAAAGAAAACACAAAAUUGAGGAACUGUCAGGAACAGUUGUCUUUGAUGUGCUCGACGCAGUCGACGUCUUAAACAUAUUUUUUCAUAAAUCGCAAAUUGAUGACCUACCAAAUGAACUGGUGCUCGCAAUUCUCAUUGUUGCAUCUGUGAAUUUUCUUGUACCAAUCAUACCAUUAAUGGUGUUAAAUCGCAUGCACUUUGGACACAAAGACCAUAGCGAUGGUCUUGUGGUGAUGCACAGACUCAGUCUCGUGUUCCUCAUCAAUUUGCCACUGUUCGUAAUCAGGAUGCUGUUGUGGCAUGUUCACAGCCGUGAUAUAUCAAUAUUUCCCAUGAAGAACCUCAUCAUGAUAUUCCUGGUGUUUCAUGAUCUUUACGACAAGAGAAGAGCCGAUGUUAAGGAUGCCGAGAAGAAAGACAUCAGUUGUAUAGAGGAACGUGAAGAAAGUAAAGCAAUGUUUACUGUUGAAAGCAUUAAAUAAGCAUUAGAGAUUUUUGGGUGAAAAUUACUUAUUAUCUGGGACAUGUCCUCAAAAAGCUGAUAGAAGUUUUAAAAACAUCUAGUUUUGGAAUCGUAAAUCAUUCUUGGAUUAUUGUUAGAUUCUGUGUCUUAAGAAUACAAUUUUCACAGUACAUGUAUUUGAUUGGAGAAUAACUAGUCAGGAGAUGCAACACUGCAUUUUAUUGGUUGAUAAUAUAAGUAAUCAUAUGAGAAGUAACACUGCAUUUGAUUGGUUAAUAAUAUAAGUAAUCAAAUGAGAUGUAACACUGCAUUUUUAGGUCACCUGAGAC